GGGGGGUAAAAUGAAAAGGUAAGUUCAUCGUGCUCUGCCACUGCUAGUCGGUAGUGGUGCGCCGCCGGCUGCCGCCCGCCUCCAAUCUCGUCUCCGUACAGACCCGGACAGCGCCGCGGCGUCGAAGGAAACGACGAUGCAGUGGUACUUGGUGGCCGCGCUCCUCACCGUCCUCACCAGCUCCCAGGGUAUAUUGACUACUCUCUCCCAGAGCAAUGGCAAAUAUAAGUACGACUAUGCAACCAUUCCCUUCCUAGCAGAACUUUUCAAGUUGUCUGUAUCAAGUUUCUUCCUUUGGAAGGAAUGCCAAUCUUCAUCUCCACCAAGGAUGACAAAGGAGUGGAGGAGUGUCCGACUAUAUCUUGUUCCUUCAGUAAUAUACCUCAUCCACAACAAUGUCCAGUUUGCAACCUUGACCUAUGUUGAUCCAUCUACCUAUCAGAUAAUGGGAAACUUGAAAAUCGUCACCACUGGAAUUUUGUUUAGGCUUGUCCUCAAAAGGAAGUUGUCAAAUCUACAAUGGAUGGCGAUUGUUUUGCUAGCCGUUGGUACAACUACUAGCCAGGUGAAAGGAUGUGGAGAUGCACCAUGCGAUUCGCUUUUCUCAGCACCAUUGCAGGGUUACAUGCUUGGGAUACUUUCUGCUUGUCUUUCAGCACUAGCUGGUGUCUACACGGAGUAUUUGAUGAAGAAGAACAAUGAUAGUUUGUACUGGCAAAAUGUACAAUUGUAUACGUUUGGAGUUAUAUUCAACAUGGGAUGGCUAAUUUAUGGUGACUUCAAAGCUGGAUUUGAGUUGGGUCCCUGGUGGCAGCGCCUAUUUAAUGGCUAUUCUAUCACAACAUGGAUGGUUGUGUUCAAUUUAGGGUCCACCGGUCUGCUGGUAUCAUGGUUGAUGAAGUAUUCAGACAAUAUAGUUAAGGUGUACUCAACUUCAAUGGCCAUGCUUUUGACAAUGGUUUUAUCUAUAUAUCUUUUCAGUGUGAAAGCCACAGUUCAGCUUUUCUUAGGCAUUAUCAUCUGCAUAAUUUCCCUGCAGAUGUAUUUUAUGCCUGUCCACAUGCUUGUUGAAUUGCCACAAACAUUCCCUGUUACAUCAAAGUAGGCUCAUGUCACUGUUAGCUAACCUAUUGAUCAGAGGGUAGAACACUGUUGAUUGAAGGAGCAGUUAGUUGAUUAUCUGGGGCCAAGAUCUGUUUGAUUAAUCUAUGUGGAAAAAUUCAUGGCUGCAAUCUCAACCGCUGUCGUUAGUUUCAUGCUUCAGAAAAAGGUGAAUUAAUAGUGAGCAUGUAACACCAAUGGAUAAAAACUUCCGUACCAGCUUUCCUACUUUUAUACAGGUAAAAGAUGGGAGGCUAAUUGGUAUGGUUUUGCCUUAGGGAAAGGAAAUCAAAGCAAAUAUUCUUCUAAUAUUGCAUAACUGUUCAUCCACGUUGUAUCCAAAAUUCACAUUAAUGAUGCCGUAUAGAUACAAAACUGGUGAGUGCAAUGAGUUAUGUCAUCCUUGCAAAAAAGUGUAUUAUUCUCUCCAUAUUACAACAGUCAUUUUUCCCUGCAUUCUAUCAUGUAGUUAUCUUUUAAGGAAAGAUUCAAACUGGACUUCAUUGAGUA